GUUGACACUAGCAAGAGGAGACGGCAGCAUCCUCUGUCCCGCAUCUCCUCCAGAAUUGUGUGUUAUGCUAUAAAAAGACCUUCAUGUGAACGCAGAAGGACCCGCAUCCUAAAACCAACGUGUUCAAUCUUUUUUUUCACGCGUUUUCUUCAAUGCUUUGACAUCUGGAAUGUGCUGUUUUCUUGCAAGCGUUGUCUCCAUGUCAGCAUGGGAACUGCAGUGUCCAAAAGGAAGAAUCUGAGAAAUGAUGCGAUUUCAUCGGUGGCAGCCAAAGUUAGAGCAGCUCGUGCAUUUGGAGAGUACCUUCACACCCAUCCUGAGAACCGCAACGGAUCAGAUCACUUACUGUCUGACACCCUCGUUGGCCACGACUCUGACUCCCCAGACAGCCUGUGCACUCAGAACAACAACUUCCACAGCUGCACCCCCCAGGGCUCAGCCGUCAGUGCCAACCCCAGCUUGAUCAAUCCCGCCCUGGGCCUUCUGGAACCGCCACCUCCGGCAACUUCCUCCAAGAGUCGGCUGUCCCUAGAGCGCAGCUUUUCGGCAGAGGAGGAUCAGCAGAAGUGCGUGGAGUGUUCCCUGCAGCCUGCUCGGGUCUACACCAUCACCGGAGAGAGCGGCAUGCUGGGAACCAGCCGGGGAAGCAAGGAGAACCUGGAGCUCGAGGUCUUGAAAGGGGCGCAGGAGGCGUGUCAUGCUCAAGAGCUCGCCCAGCCCUCUACGUCCUCCAACUCGUCUUCUCCGACCCAGCACCACCACCGCCACCAUGGAAGUGGAAGCGGAAGUGGAUCUGGAAACCAUCAUCACAGCAACCCCCAUCAUGGCAACCACCAUCACAGCAACACCAGCGGAGGUGGAAGCAGCGGAGGAACAAACCCCCACCAGCACAUCUCCAGUGCAGGGACGUCGCACCAUCACCACGAGGUGCCCCAUCCCCACCACCUUUCCCAGCCUCUGCAGAGCUCGGUCAGCGCACACAACAUUCGUGGCUGGGGGGAGGGAAAGGACUGCGGCCUGGCGUGUGAGGCCUGUCCCGGGGCUCCCUCGCGCAGCCAGGGCUCCCUGGACCUGGAAAGCAGCACCCGAGAGGCAGGCAAGCAGCGCCGGCCACCACUAGAGCGGAUGUGCAGUGUGGACCGCAUGACUGGGCUGGAGCGAGAAGAUAACAGUUGGUUCCCUAAAGAGAACAUGUUCAGCUUUCAGACUGCUACAACGACCAUGCAGGCGAUUUCGAAUUUCCGGAAGCAUUUAAGAAUGGUGGUGCUGUUUAUUCCUGAUGGUGGGGAUCUGCAGACGACCUGCGGUACUCCAGAGGAGGGCGGCUGUGAAGACAUGGACUGGGAGGAGGAGAGAGAGAUGGAGAGACUAGCAUGUGAGGGAGAUGACUUCAUCCCUCCCAAAAUUAUGCUGAUCUCAUCUAAAGUUCCUAAAGCAGAAUAUGUUCCCAACAUCAUUCGAAGGGGUGAUACAUCUAUUAUACCCAUACUCUAUGAUCAUGAGCAUGCCACGUUUGAUGAUAUUUUGGAGGAGAUUGAGAAGAGAUUGACAGCCUACAGGAGGGGCUGUAAGAUCUGGCGCAUGCUGAUCUUCUGUCAGGGUGGCCCGGGGCACCUGUACCUGCUGAAGAAUAAAGUGGCAACUUUUGCCAAGGUCGAGAAAGAGGAAGACAUGAGCCAGUUUUGGAAACGUCUGAGCCGGUUUAUGAGUAAAGUGAAUCCAGAGCCGAACCUGAUCCACAUCAUGGGUUGCUACGUCCUGGGCAAUCCGAAUGGAGAGAAGCUGUUCCAGAAACUGAAGAACCUGAUGAGGCCUUAUUCUGUCACGUUUGAGUCACCGCUGGAGCUCUCCGCUCAGGGCAAAGAGAUGAUUGAGAUGUACUUUGAUUUCCGUCUGUUUCGACUUUGGAAAACCCGGCAGCACUCAAAGCUCCUCGACUAUGAAGAUCUCGUGUGACCCCACGCGGGUCAGUGCAUAGCAUUGCGGGCAGGACGUCCCACUGUAAAACUCCAUUCCACCAGCUUUCAUUUUGGAAUACAGGAGGAAGAGGAGUGGAGAUGGAUACAGCUGCGCCUCGAGUAUUGUUUAUUUCAGCUCGCCUCUGCGGACUUCGAUCACCUCAGAACGGUAACACUCAACAAAACAAAAACGAAUGGCAAAUGGUUCAAAACACAAGAGAAAUCCGGAUAUGUGGUGUUUUUGUUCUCUAAUGGAGAAAAGAGAAGCCGUUUCUCAGAACUGGUUGACAGUCUAUCGACUGUUUUUGUUUUUAACUAACCAACAGUUAUCAAUCACUAGCCCAGACGGUUGUGCUUACAAAAGUGUCCCGCCGAAACUUACCUACCAGAACACAAAAAUGGUCAUAUAUGAAAUAACAACUAAUAUAUCGGUAUACAUACAGGAUAUACAUCUCAUGAGUAUAUAGAUUAGCUAAAGUCAUGCCCAUAAUCUAAAUGUCAAUUGUACACAAUUUACUUUUUCAAUGUUUAUUGUUGUGGUCUUUCUAAUGAACUAUUUUGAAUAACUCAGGUUUUAGGAUCUACAGAUAUAUUAAUUACUAACCUAUCCAAAUGUGUGGAAGUCAUUUUGGUGGAAAGAAUGUACAUUCUGCCAACAUACAGUACUUAUAUGUGAUCAUUUCAGAGGUUUAGGAAUCUUUUGUCAAGUUUUGCUUUUGACACAACUCAUGUCUCCACAUUAUAUGCCACAUUAUAUCUGUCCCUCCAACAUAAAACAUACACUGUAGGCCCACAUUGCAAAACACAGUCAUACACAGUCCCCAAACUGGGAAAUCGUGACUUCCAGUCAUAAUAAUAGAAACACUGACCUCAAUAUAGCCAGACAUCUACACCAGGUGCACCUGAAGCAUAGGCAGGAACAUAGCAUUACAGGGAGAUGUUACAGAAUUGCUCAAAUAAGCGCUUCUGUCAAUGUGUUCAUAACAAUUAGGCUGUUUUCACACUUGGUUUGAACCUGUCUGUCUUUAAACAUAGAAUUCGGCUUCAAAUGGCAGUAUAUUUGCGCCUUCAUCAUGUGUACUUCAAUGAGUACAUGUGGCUGCUAUCAAGUGUUAUCCAGUUUACUUUUUUACUCAUGUUUUGUCGGUUUGGUUUUAAUACCAAAUUUUAAUGUGCAUGUUCCGGCUGUAUUAA